AUGCUGCCUGGGCUGUUUUGGCUGCUUUUCUUCGCCGGCGAUGAAGGCUCUGCCUUGAAGAUGGAGAUGAUCUGUUUUUUAUUCCUGUCUCUGUUGCCGAUGUACAGCAGAGGACAAGGGGUUUACGCUCCUGCUCAGGCUCAAAUCAUCCAUGCUGGGCAGGCAUGUGUUGUGAAGGAAGACAACAUCAGUGAACGUGUUUACACAAUUCGGGAGGGGGACACGUUGGUGCUGCAGUGCCUGGUCACAGGGCACCCCCGGCCACAGGUGAGAUGGACCAAGACCGCCGGCAGCGCGUCGGACAAAUUCCAGGAGACGUCGGUGAUUAACGAGACCCUUCGGAUUGAGAAGAUCCAAAGGCUGCAGGGGGGCCGCUAUUACUGUAAAGCAGAAAAUGGGGUUGGGGUCCCUGCCAUCAAGUCCAUUCGAGUAGAUGUGCAGUACCUAGAUGAACCUGUUCUCACCAUUCACCAGACCAUCAGUGACGUACGGGGCAGCUUCUACCAGGAGAAGACUGUCUUCCUCCGCUGCACUGUCAACUCCAACCCACCAGCUCGCUUCAUCUGGAAACGGGGAGCUGAGACACUUUCCCACAGCCAGGACAAUGGCGUGGACAUAUAUGAACCCCUCUACACACAGGGUGAAACCAAAGUCCUGAAGCUGAAAAACCUGCGUCCCCAGGACUACGCCAGCUACACGUGCCAGGUGUCUGUCCGCAAUGUCUGCAGCAUCCCUGACAAAUCCAUCACCUUCCAGCUCACGAACACCACAGCCCCACCUGCUCUGAAGCUGUCUGUCAACGAGACGCUGGUGGUCAACCCUGGUGACAACAUCACUAUGCAGUGCUCUCUGACAGGUGGUGACCCACUGCCAGACUUGGUUUGGUCUCACUCUCCUGGUUUGAUGCCUCCCAAUAGCCUUGUGCAAGGAGGCAACCUCACCAUCUGGAGGAUCCGUGUGGAGGACUCGGGCUAUUAUAAUUGCACAGCUGUCAACAAUGUGGGGAACCCAGCAAAGAAGACAGUGAACUUGCUGGUGCGGUCCAUGAAGAACGCCACGUUCCAAAUCACCCCUGAUGUGAUCAAAGAGAGUGAGACCAUCCAGUUAGGGCAGGACUUGAAGCUCUCAUGCCAUGUAGAUGCUGUCCCCCAGGAGAAGGUUGUCUAUUUCUGGUACAAGAAUGGAAAACCAGCCAAGUUCUCAGACCGGUUGCUCAUCACCCGGAAUGACCCUGAGUUCCCACCUGUGACCUGCAGCUUGGAGAUUAUUGACCUGAGAUUCAGUGACUAUGGCACAUACCUGUGCGUGGCUACCUUCCAGGGAGCGCCCAUUCCUGACCUCAGUGUGGAGGUGAACAUCUCCUCAGAGACAGUGCCACCGACCAUCAGUGUCCCUAAGGGUCAGUCCACCAUCACCGUCCGGGAGGGCUCCAGGGCUGAGCUUCAGUGCGAGGUUCGAGGGAAGCCCAAGCCACCCAUCAUCUGGUCUCGGGUAGAUAAAGAAGUCCCCAUGCCUUCAGGGACAAUGACAAUGGAGACACACGAUGGGAAGCUGCGCCUGGAGAGUGUGAGCCGAGAAAUGAGCGGGACCUAUAAGUGCCAGACAGCCAGGUACAAUGGAUUUAACAUCAGACCCCGGGAAGCCCUGGUGCAGCUCAACGUGCAGUUCCCCCCUGUGGUGGAGCCAGCCUUCCAGGACAUCCGGCAGGGCGUGGGGCGCAGCGUGGCCCUGCGCUGCUCCAUGCUGAAGGGCAGCCCCAUGAAGGUGGCCACCUCCGUCUGGCGCUUCAAUGGGACCCUCCUGGCGCAGCCCCCGGCGGAGCAGCAGGACUACUCGGAGCUGAAGGUGGACAGUGUGAGCCGGGAGACCAGCGGGAGCUACGAGUGCAGCAUUUCCAACGACGUGGGGGUCUCCACCUGCCUCUUCCAGGUGUCUGCAAAAGCUUACAGCCCAGAGUUUUACUAUGACACUCCCAACCCCACCUUGAGCCAGAGGCAAUCCAAGAAUUACUCUUACAUCUUGCAGUGGACACAGAAGGAGCCCGAUGCUGUGGAUCCCAUCCUCAAGUACCGCCUGGAAGUCCGUCAGCUAACUCAGAGGAACACCAUCCAGACCUUCAUUCCUGUGCAGAAAAUGGAGAAAGGCCUGUUGCUGGAGCACAUCUUGCCCAACCUGAAAGUGCCUCAGAGCUAUGAAGUUCGCCUGACGCCCAUCACCAGCUUUGGGGCUGGGGAUAUGGCUGCCCGCAUCAUCCGGUACAUGGAACCAAUCAGCUAUCCCAACCCAACAGAUAACACCUGCCGCUUUGAGGACGAGAAGAUCUGUGGCUUCGUGCAAGACAAGAUGGACAACUUUGACUGGACCCGGCAGAACGCCCUGACUCAGAAUCCCAAACGCACCGUCAACACGGGGCCCCCCACGGACAUCAGCGGUACGCCGGAGGGUUAUUACAUGUUCAUCGAGGCAUCCCGGCCCCGAGUGACAGGAGACAAGGCCCGGCUCAUCAGCCCCCUCUACAACAUUACUGCCAAGUAUUACUGUGUCUCCUUCUACUACCACAUGUAUGGGAAGCACAUCGGCUCCUUGAAUCUGCUAGUUCGUGUGCGGAACAAGCGAGCCAUUGAUACCCAGGUCUGGUCACUCAGUGGGAACCGGGGGAACAUGUGGCAACAAGCACACGUGCCCAUCAACCCGCCUGGGCCCUUUCAGAUCAUCUUCGAAGGUGUCCGGGGCACGAGCUACGAGGGGGACAUUGCCAUCGAUGAUGUCACUCUGAAAAAGGGGGACUGUCCAAGGAAGCAAAUUGGACCAAACAAGGCUGUUGCUCUUCCAGGAAGCAGUGUCCCAGCCCUGCACAGCCCUGGUCUUUCUGGCCCAUUGACUUUCUUCCUUUACGUGCUGCUCAGAUGAUGGCAAGUGAGCGCUCCUGUCUUCGGACUGAGACAUCCCUGCUCCUUCCCUACUCAGCCACCUCUGCUCCUCUUCCUCCCCUCCUCACUGGCACACCAAAGUGUCCAUAUGUUACCAAAGACUGACAGGCAUGACCACACAAAGGGAUCUGGUUCAGAACUGGAGCACUCCUUGAGAAAGUCAUAAUGUCUAGAACGAAAUUUUAAAAUAAAGACAAUAUUUUUUUUUUACAAGCAUGUGUAUGAGAGAGAGAGGGAGUGAGAGAGGAAGGAAACAGGAACACACAGAAAUGAAGGAAUGGAAGACAAAAA